UUCACGCAGAUCAAUCACGAAGAAAUGCUCUAAAAGCCAAACUACUUGAUUUUAUGGAUCGUACGGGGCUGACAAAUGAUUUCUCCGAAGAAACAAGUCCAUCAUCCACUAAGGAGGAAAAUAACGACUCUGCAACUUCAAAACUAUCCGAACACAUAAUUCAGGCGGCUGUUACAGGGGCUGUAGCACUUAAACAAUCGCCGAUUCCAGAUGCUAUAUCAGCGACGGUUAAUUACACAAUGAAGAAAAUUAAGGUCAUUGAUGAGGCUUAUGGAAUACAAGAUAAAGCAUGGGAAAUUUCUCGAUCUGGUAUUAAUAUGGCAUUGGAAAUUGAUCAGCAAUAUAAUGUACAUGGGAAAGUCGUAAAUGGUUUUUUCUUAGGACUUACGGCUGCUAUGAAAGCUGGAAUUGCUUAUACAGAUUCACCUUCAUAUCGUGAAUUAAAAAAAUCGCAUGUUGAUUAUAAUACAGCUGAAACUGAGCUGAUAAAGAAUGUUGAUGUUGAUUAG